AUGAGAGAGUGUCUUAUUCAUACAAGCUUGCUACCUUCUCUCACCGUGGAAGUGUUCCAGCAUCAGCUAUUCAGUCUUGUUGGGGCUCUGAUCUGUUUCUGUACUCUGAUAAAAUGCAUCAGAUUCAUGAGAGACCUUUUUCCAUUUGUCUGAAGUUCUGUGCCUUGGAUUUUCUUUCAGUCAAUGGGAAAAUGGGCAGUCAUCACAGGAGCUGGAGAUGGGAUUGGAAAAGCGUAUUCCUUCGGGUAAAUUAGAAGAGGUGAAUUAACUAUAGUGAUGAUAAGGAGAACUUCUGAAAAAUUGAAUUUGAUAAGCAUUUUUACAGAGCUGGCCACAGAUCAAACGGUGAAGGUUAUACAAGCUGAUUUCACUAAAAAUUCAGUGUACGAGAGCAUUGAAAAAGAUCUGAAGGACUCGGAUACUGCUGUUCUGGUUAGCAAUGUUGGAAUGCUUCACAAUCCUCUUCCAUGCCAUUUCCUUAAUGGACCAAACAUAGAAGAGGACCUUGUCAACUGCAAUAUUAUUUCUGUUCCAGGUAGAUAUUUGACAAAAAUUGUUUUGAAACAGAUGCAAGCAGGUCAGAAAGUUCUAAUUCUGAAUCUGUCCUCUGGUUUAAGUACUUUCCCUUGUCCAUUAUAUACAACGUACUCAGCUACUAAGGCUUUUAUAAGCACUCUACAACCACUGCAAGCAGAGUAUAAGGCAAAGGGAAAUAUCAUACAGAUACUGAUUCCUUAUGGUGUUUCUGCUCCAAUGUACCAAAACCCUUGUGUUAUUACAAAGACAGCAGAAGAGUUUCUUAGUGAAUCACUGGAGUUCACCUUUGGAGAUGAGAUUUUUGGAUGUUUCACCCUUGAAAUUUUGAUUGAAUUUGGUUGUGUGUAA